AUGAAGGACCAUGUAGAUUUAAAGGAGUCUGUGCACUUAGAGGGCGGCAGUGAUCCCAGAACAAUACAGUCCAGAUGUAACAGUGUCGCCUUAAGCGAUGAACUUCUAAAUUGUCAACACCGACUCGACCUGACAGCACAGGAGUUGAACAGUCGCUCCGAUGAAUUGUACAAAUUAGAAUCAAAACUGAAAGACCUGAAUAAUAGAUAUGAAUUGACAAGUAAUGCAUUACACGAGUACAUAUCUUUUAUGAAUAAUGUUCUAGAUCCAUCGAGCGGGUACCCGGUGUGUAUGGACUCGCCUGCGCCUGCUCGGCGGCGCCCCGCCGCGCCGCACUCGCCGGCGCUCCGUGCCGCGCUGGCGGCGCCGGGGUCGCCCGCGCUGCGUGCCUUGUUCGCGCCGCGCCCGAGCCCCGCGCCCGCGCCCGCGCCCGCGCCCGCGCCCGCGCCCUCUCCGCGCCGCGAGCCCGAGCCCGCCGCCCGCCGCCCUGUCCCGCCGAGCCCCGCCGUCGCCGCGCCGGCUCCGUCGCCGCCGAGCCUCCUGCGGCUGGCUCUCGAGCGGCUGACCGUCGAGCCUGAGCCGCGGUCGCCGGCCCCGACACCGUCGAGCCUCCUGCGGCUGGCUCUGGAGCGGCUGACCGUCGAGCCUGAGCCUCGGCCGCCGGCCCCGUCGCCGGCGCGCGCGUCGAGCGCGGCGCCCGCCCCGGCGCCCGGCGCUCCGCGCGCUCGGAGCCGGGACCCUCCGCGGUCGACGGUCAUCUAUUCUGACGCAAUCGGGGCCGGCCUCGGCGUGCUGCUGGGUGAAUGUCUCCGGCAAAGUGUAACAAAUGUGUGCUUGCGUGGUGCCUCCGUCGAAUCGGUCGUGCGCCGCCUGGCGAGGGACAAGUUUGACAGUGGCACCACUCUGAUUAUACACCUCGGCGAUAGUGGCCAGUCCAGACGCGGCCGAGUGUCGCACAACUCGCAACUAGGUUACGGAACUAGGGAAUUAGCUGGAGCUCUCGCCACGCAGAAGGAACAAUCGUUAAAGCUGGCGAUCGAAACUCAGUCUGGCUUUGUCAGGCUACUACAGAAGAGGGAUAGGGAGAGCUAG